GGUUCAUGCAACACCGGCCCCGUCCAGUGCUGCAACUCCGUCCAGAAAGCGGACGCCCCCGGCGUCGCGACCCUCUUGGGUCUCCUCGGCAUUGUCCUCCAGGACGUGAACGCUAAUGUCGGCAUCACUUGCUCGCCGAUCAGCGUCAUUGGCGGUGGUGAAGGCGCCUCCGCUCAGCCUGUCUGCUGCGAGGACAACUCGCACGGUGGUGUUGUCUCCAUCGGCUGCAUGCCCGUCAGCCUGUGA